AACAUAACCAAGCUUUUUCGACUCAAAAUAAACUUAAAAUGGGGUCAAAUACGGCCGAAAAGGCCCUCCAAAUGCUAAAAUUCCUUCCCCGUGUAUGUUUGGCCAAUCUUAAGCCCAGUCCUGGAUCGAGAACUAGCAAAAAACGCGGCCGAGGCCAGCAUGGGGGCGAUAAACACGGGGCCGGGAAUAAAGGCUCCGGUCAGAGACAAAAUUACAUGCGUCUUGGUUACGAAACCGGAAAUAAUCCGUUCUAUUUACGAUUUCCGCAUGAGCCCUACUAUCAAGGCCACCAUUUAAGGCGCGAGUAUCCUCCACUGUCAAUGCUAGAUUUGUUGAAAUUGAUUGAAAUGAAUCGCUUGGACGCGUCUAAACCCAUUGAUUUGGUCUCAAUUUUAAAUACAGGCCUUUACAAGAUUUUUCCCGAUCAGAGACAGUACGGAGUCAAUUUAACGGACGAGGGGGCUGAUGUUUUUAAUGCAAAAGUUAACAUUGAGGUGCAAUGGGCUACUGAGCCCGUCAUUGCAGCUAUUGAGAGGGCUGGCGGUGUUAUAACGACAGCGUACUACGACCAACACAGCUUGCAAGCAAUGAUAAACGCGAAGAAAUUUUUUGAAAGGGGUGUACCCAUCCCGAGGAGAAUGAUGCCACCGCCUGAUGCCAUUGAAUAUUACGCUGAUCCAACAAAAAGGGGGUACUUGGCAGACCCUGAGAAAAUUUCAGAGGAGCGUCUAGUCCUGGCCCAAAAGUACGGAUACGAACUACCACAAAUUGAGAAAGACCCAGAGUAUGAGAUGCUAACUGAGAGGAAAGACCCCAGACAGAUUUUUUAUGGAUUGCACCCAGGAUGGGUAGUUAAUCUUAAAGACAAGGUCAUUCUCAAGCCGCAAGAUGAGGAAUUAGAAAGAUAUUACGCUAGUUAGACGUGUCUAGCACUUUUUGUAGAUUAAAUAAAGUUUGAAAUGUA